AUGCCUCCUGCCCCCCUGCGCGCACCCCCAGAGAUGUGUCUGCGCGGGGCCGUGCUGGCCCUGUGCUGCGUGGCAGCUGGUGAGUAUGGGGCCUGUCCCGCCGCAGGCCCCCCGGGUCUCCCCGAGACCGGCCCCUCGCUGCCCCGGGAUCUCCCCGAGACAGGGCACCUCACUGCCCCGGGGUUCCCCUGUGACCUCCCCGAGACUGGCCCCUCACUGCCCCGGGGUUCCCCUGUGGGCCCCUCGCCGGUGCGGGUGCUCCCCGGGCAGCGCGUGGUGCUGGAGUGCCUCGUCGGGGCCGACUACCCGCCCCUGGAGCUGGAGCAGCUGCAGGUGCGCUGGCGGCACGAGGGGCGCACGGUGCUGGAGUUCGCCGGGGCGGUGCGGGCGGCGCAGGCGGGACUCAGCCUGGCCGAGGACGAGGUGAGGAACGGGAACGUCUCGCUGGUGCUGCAGCGCGUCACCGCCAGCGACAGCGGGGAGUGGACCUGCUACAUCCUCUACCCGCCCGACCAGGCCCAGGGCAGCCUCACCCUGCGCGUGGCAGACCCGACGGUGCCCCCCAACACCUGCCCCCUGGGCGGGGGCGCCCCACGGCUGCGGAAGCUGGAGGAGGUGAUCGGGGGCUGCGUCCGCUCGGCCAGCGAGCUCCAGCGGCACCUGGCCCGGCUGGCUGCCGAGGUGAAGGAGUGUCUGGGCAGCCCGGAGGCCGAGGAGAGCCCACCCCGGGCAAAGGCUGAGAGCGCCAACCAGACGGCACAGGCGUGAGCCCUCGGUCGUCUGCCCAGCGCCCGCUGGGCUCGCAGUGUCCCCGGACACAGCUCCCGCAGCAACAGGGCUGGGAUCCCCGGGGACGGACGGGGACACCCACAUCACAGCAACGGCUUCGCUUCUGCAGGGUGUGACCGCAAAUCCGGGGGGCCGGGGUCCUGCACGCACAUGGGGACACAGGCCCCGUCUCCCCUAAGGGGCUCUGGGACGUCUCAAGCCACUGGGGAUGCCUGGGGCCGGAUGUCAGAUGGGGGAGGCCGGCAGGGUCAGGGGCUGACGGCUGGACGCCCAUGGGGGGGUCUAUCUGCCUGCACUGUGGCUGUGCCGCUGGGAGACCCCGGGUAGCGAGCUGGGCGGGGAC